UUACAAACAAACUGGUAUCUGCGUGUUCCAACAGUUUCGUAAGCUGGGUGGCAGCAAUUGAGCGUGAAAGUGUCUUGUUUCGACCGACGAAAAAGAAGAAAAAAAAACGAAUGAAUUCUCCUAAUUAUUUUGUUGUGACAUAACAAAUUGGAUCACAAGGCAUUUCAAUUAGAUCCAAUUGAUUUGCUACGAUUGGAUAAAUCAACAACGCAUGGUCCGAACCGCAGUCAGGCCCGCAUCAUGGCAGUACCAACAUGGAAACGUCGAUCGGUGCCCGUCGCCAGCUGGUUGUCUCACCACAGCACUCGGCGCACAUUUAAUUCUAUUUUCUUUUCGAUCACUUCGUUAUCAACUACGCCGAUAUUAUCAAAAAGAAAGGAAUUCAGAGAUGAUCAAUGGUUUCUUGAUAGAUGUUGAAAGAACAAAACGGCGAAGGGAACGGAAUGUGUGCUGCUUUAAGCUGAAUGAACUUUAAAAUAAUUGUGACGUGCGAAAAUAGAACUUUUUUUUGUAAAAUGAUUUUCUGUGUUGAGCUUAGAAAUUCAUCAUGUUAUCAAGAAAAAGUAGUUGAAUAGAGUUGCUGAUAUGUUUGAUAAUAAAUUGCAUAAAACGCCGCAACAGCUGGAAGUUUGCCAGGAAACGUAAGGGGAGAUGAUCCUAACUCACAGUGAACAAUCCCAUCAAUCUCAUCUCGCCAGGCUCAGCAGUCCCUAGUGCAGUAAUGAAUCCGACUCAGUACUCCAAGGAUCCCAGCAUCCACGAGCUCCGCCGGCCGGUGAAUCCGGUGAGCAAAGCUAAUCCAGUGGCACGGUUCACGUUCUGGUGGUUGCGGGAGGUGUUCCAAACCGGACUCAAACGUCCCAUCGAGCAAUCGGAUAUCUACGAAACUUUAUCGUCGCAUCAAAGCGAACAACUGUCGUACCAAUUCGACCGGGAAUGGAGGCGAGAGCUGAAAAAGCGAAAGGCUAGCUUUCUACGGGUGAUCUGGGGCAUCUACGGCUGGACGAUGAUUUCACGAGGGUUGCUCUACACAACGGUGGACUCGUUUUCCAGAGUUUUUCAGCCACUGUGCCUCGGUGGGCUGGUGUCUUAUUUUGCGCCCAACCAAACCAUUAUCAGUCGUACGGAGGCGUAUUACUAUGCGGCCGGAAUCGUAAUCUGCUCACUGGUACCGGUGCUUAUUUUUCAUCAUUUUAUUUUAUACAUCUACCAGAUUGGGAUGAAAAUACGCAUUGCGUGCUGUUCGAUGCUGUACAAAAAGGCUCUCCGGAUCACGAAGGCAGCCAGAACGGACGGUCUGACGGGACAGGUGAUCAAUUUGAUGUCCAACGAUGUCGCUAAAUUCGAUACGGCUACCAGCUUCGUGCAUGACACUUGGAAGGGACCAAUCGAACUGGUGGUGUUCGGAUAUCUGAUCUACCGGCAGAUCGGCGUGGCGGGAUUGAUUGGAAUUGUGUUUUUGCUGAGUUUCAUUCCACUGCAGGCGUGGGUCGGCAAAAAGGCUGCCUCGUACCGGUUGAAAACGGCAAUUCGCACGGAUCGACGGGUGCGGUUCAUGAAUGAAAUUAUCCAGGGAAUCCAGGUGAUUAAAAUGUACGCGUGGGAGCACAGCUUCAGCCGCAUGGUGGACGCAAUUCGCCGCAAGGAGAUCACCGGUAUCCGGGGUACGCUUUUCAUACGUGCCGGUCUGCUGUCGUUUAAUCUCGUAUCGAGGUUGUCCAUUUUUCUGAGCCUGGUCGGCUAUUGCUACUCGGGCAAUGUGUUCACCGCCAGGCAGGUAUUUAUCGUGACGUCAUAUUUCAAUCUGCUGUACAGCUCGAUGCUACACUUUUGGCCUCUCUCGCUAACUUCCGUGGCCGAGGGGUUGAUUUCGAUUAAGCGGAUUGAAGAGUUUUUGCUACUACCGGAACGGAAGAUGCUACCGGUGCCGGCAGGGCGGGUGGCAGCUAAUGGCCAUUCGGGAACGGAGGAAAGCGAAAUCAAACUGAUUGAAAGUGCGAAAAUGGCCAACGGCGAUGGUGCGAUAAUUUUGGACAGUUUGACGACGACGGCAGCGGCGGAACCGGGAAAGAUUUCCAGUAAGCGGUUUGUGAAUAAGAAGGGUUACGCUAGACGGGGUAUUUUCCUGCAGGAUGGAACGGCCAGUUGGGGUAAGGAGCCGAACGAGGAACGAGGUAAAGUUGUAGGGAUUCAGGAGGUGAACCUGUCGGUUGAGAAGUCACAGUUGUGUGCCAUUGUUGGCCCGGUUGGAAGUGGCAAAUCUACUCUGCUUCAGGUAAUUCUGGGCGAACUGGAGUUGGACGAGGGACGAUUGGAAAUCAGUGGAGACAUCAGCUAUGCCCCGCAGGAACCUUGGUUGUUCGAAGGUUCGGUGAAGAAUAACAUUGUUUUCACUGAAGAUUAUCACGAGAAACGUUACCGUGAAGUGGUGAAAGUUUGCGCACUGGAAAAGGACUUCGAGCUCCUGCCUCACGGCGAAGAGACGAUUGUGGGCGAACGAGGAAUCAGUCUGAGUGGAGGUCAACGUGCUCGGAUCAGUUUGGCGCGGUCAAUUUAUAGGAAAGCUGACAUCUAUCUGCUAGAUGACCCGUUGUCCGCCGUGGACACUCACGUAGGGAAGCAUAUUUUUGAAGAAUGCAUAAAAAGUUACCUGAAUGAUAAGGUUUGCGUGCUGGUGACCCACCAGCUCCAGUACCUGAAGAACGUCGAGCAUAUCGUACUAAUGAAUAUGGGCACGGUGGAGGCCCAGGGAACGUACCGUAGCCUGGAGGCAGCCAACACGUUUCCCAUGCUGGCCGCCCGGGAACAGGAGCAGCUGGCACAGCAGGACAGACAGAUAGCGGAUCUGGUAGAUCCCGAGGGAGAACGGGAACGGCAGCAGCGAAAGCCCCUAAUCCGAAUGUCCGCAACCGUGCCGCGUUUCAACGUGGACAAAGGCUAUCAGCAGUGCGUGGCCUCAACGCCAAUAAUUCCGCCGGCCUAUCGAAUGGCCCACUCCAACCAAUCCCUGUACCACCCGUCGCCGUUCUCGUCGUGCAGUUUGGUUUUCGAUGGAUUCGAUGACGACCACGAAAGUGCGGCUCGGGGUCACCGCCGGAAGGCAAAUCUGCGCCCGAGUGCGUUCACCAGUGGUUCCGAGAAUGCAAACAAUCAACGGCAGGACCCAGCGGACAAAGUGGCAAAGGAAACGGCCCGUGGAGGAGGGGCAGAAGCGAGUAAAGAAUCUCAAAUAACCGGCACCGUCGGGUUUUCCGUUUACCAGAGCUACUUUUCCGCGGUCGGAAGUGUGACGCUGAUUGGACUGGUGGCGACGCUUUUCCUGCUGGCCCAGGGUACCAUGAGUGGUAUCGAUUACUUCGUUUCGCAGUGGGUCAACCAAGAGGAGUACCUCAGUCGAAACGUCUCCGGCAGUAGUUCGAAUUUCACCGAGACACCUUCCAAACUGGAGGGAACCAUUUUCGCAGCACUCACCCGGGAGCAAUACCUGAUGAUCUAUUCCGGUGCGAUGGCCAUUAUGCUGUGCCUUUCGCUGAACCGGUCAUUCUCAUUUUUCUACAUUUGCCUGCGGGCAUCGAUUCGAUUGCAUGACCGACUGUUCCGGGGAAUCACGCGAGCCACCAUGUACUUUUUCAACACGAACCCUUCCGGCCGAAUUCUGAAUCGCUUCUCACGGGACAUCGGUUGCAUCGACAUUUUUCUACCGUCGGCCAUGAUGGACUGCAUUUUGUUCUUUGUGGAAUUCGCUGCCAUUAUCAGUCUGGUUGCCGUGGUCAACUCUUGGCUGCUGUUGCCAACGGCCGUAAUGGGCGUAAUGUUCUACGGGCUUCGUCACAUCUACACCAACUCGGCUCGCAGUAUCAAACGGGUGGAAGCGCUAACACGCAGUCCAAUUUUCUCGCACGCAAAUGCCUCCUUCCAGGGCUUGACAACGAUCCGGGCAUUCGGGGCGGAGAAAAUUUUGGCAUACGAGUUCGAUAAACAUCAGGACCUGAACACAUCGGCGUGGUAUCUGUUUCUGGCGACGACCCGAGCCUUCGCCCUCUGGCUGGAGUUGGUGUGUGUGCUGUACAUUGCCACCGUCACGUUCAGUUUCCUAAUGAUGGAAAACACAAUGAGCGGCAACGUCGGUCUCGCCAUCACCCAGGUGUUCAAUCUGAUCUUCAUGUGCCAGUGGGGCAUGCGUCAGACGGCCGAACUGGAGAACCAGAUGACCUCGGUCGAACGGGUCGUCGAAUAUGCCGAGGUCCCAUCGGAACCUCCCCUGGAAACGGUGGAUCCGCUGAGAAAACCGGCGGAGAAUUGGCCCGCCAAAGGGGCGAUCAAUUUCGAAUACUUUUCUCUCCGCUAUUCACCGGACAGUGAUCCGGUGCUGAAAGAUCUGAACCUAGCGAUCGAACCGAAGGAAAAAAUUGGUAUUGUAGGAAGAACGGGAGCCGGUAAGUCGUCAAUCAUCCAGGCUUUGUUCCGGUUGGCCGUCAACGAGGGACUGGUCAAGGUGGAUGGUGUCGAUAUCGGUGUACUGGGGCUGCAUGAUCUACGGAAGAAGAUUUCUAUCAUACCACAAGAUCCGGUACUGUUCUCGGGACGAGUUCGCGAGAAUUUGGACCCUUUCGGGCAGCAUAGCGAUGAGGAAAUGUGGCGGGCACUGGAACAGGUAGAAUUACGCGACUCGGUUCAACGGAUGGAAGGAGGACUGGAUGGGAAAAUGUCGGAUGGAGGCUCUAACUUCAGCAUGGGUCAACGUCAACUAGUCUGCUUGGCAAGAGCCAUUCUUCGGAACAACAAAAUCUUGAUUCUGGAUGAAGCUACCGCCAAUGUUGAUCCGGAAACCGACAAACUGAUUCAGCAAACUAUUCGGGUUCAGUUUGGAGACUGCACCGUACUGACGAUCGCUCAUCGGUUGCACACGGUCAUGGAUAGCGAUCGAGUGCUGGUGAUGGAUGCCGGCCGGGCUGUGGAGUUCGGUCAUCCUCACGAACUCCUGCGACAGUCCAACGGGUUUCUACGGAAGCUGGUUAAUCAAACGGGAGAAGCGACGGCAGCUCAACUGACAACCGUGGCGGAGAACAACUUCCGGAAACGCUGUACCGCUGACAGCUAGAACCCCGGUUCCGAUAUCAUCAUUGAUAGCACAACAACAUAAUACCAAAGAAUGCUGACAGGGAACUCAAUGCUUGAUUUGUACUUUUCUCGUGUACUUAGGCGAUAAGGUUCUUAGCUAGAUGAAAUUAAAUAUGACGUACAAAAUUGAUAGAUUCCAAUUAUUCCACUUUUUGAUUGCAUGUACAAUUCGAUACGAAAAUGGCAAUAAAAUCAUCUUUUACGCGAUUA